AUGUUCUCUGGCAGUGUGGACAAUGAUAUUUAUGAUGAGCUUCCUUCAAAAAGUGCCAACUUGCUGCCAGAAUACACAAAUCCUGCAUGGAUGCUGGAGCAGGAAGUAUUUGGUCGAAGCUGGUCUAAAAUUGCAGAGCAUAUGCCGAGUAGGACGGGUCUACAAGUUAAAAACUACGCUCAGCAGUACUUCAAACAGAAAGUAAUGUCAUGCAAAAGAAGGAAGAAGACCAUUGAAACUGAUGUCAGUAAACCAACUGUGCCCUCCACAGCCGAGAAUAAUCAUGAUCCAAUCAAAGAUGUCCUCUCUCUAGUUACGACUGCACAAACAACUGUUACCACGGUAUCCAAGCCAAACAAUUCUUCUCCAGGCAAAAACAGCAUGUUAGGGAAAAUGUUGAUAAAUCAUGGAAACAAGAACAAAAAUAAAAACAAAUUAGAGGUUCAGCUUUUCCAGAAAAUGCAGAGAGCAAAAACUGAAUCACAUGGUCAAAAAAGGGAAGCAAUGAAGAAAGAAUCAAAAUCAGGGAGUAAAGCAUCAGGUGUUAAACAAAGGAAGAUAGAGAGAUACUCAGAAACACAGGGCCAAGUACAGAUAACUGUCAAACCUGCUCCUCAGACAAUUGUCUCACAGCCAGAGGCUGAGACUGCGAACCUUGCCACACCAUCCUCAAUGUCCAUUUUAGAAUCUCGUCUUCGCAUGACGGGGGUGAUAGAGAAUCUACGGUUCUGUGCCGUGGCAGACAUUGUGAAGGAGGACGAGGAUGAAGAUGGAGAGAUAGACAUUGAAAAUGAGGAUGAGGAAAACCCAAUCCUCAAAUCUCGAUCAGUUUCCCCCCCAACUCAGUGUAUGAACAACUGGUCCGAGGGGCCCAAAUUUCCAACAAAACUCCAGAAAAAGGAAAGUACAAAGAGAAAGUGGGGAAAACCCCCAGAUGAUAAUUUCAUUGUUUUAUGGAAUGGAGAGUACCUGGACUUGCCCAUACCUAAACAAGAAGCUCAGAUAGACCCAGAUACUAUAACAGAACAGGAACACCAAAUUCAUGCAGACUUUUUUGAUGGACGACCCUCUAAAACCCCAGAGCGUUAUCUAAGAAUUAGAAAUUACAUUUUGGAAACUUGGGCAAAAUGUAAGCCUGGAUACCUGAACAAAACCUGUGUGCGACCAGGACUGAAGAAUUGUGGUGAUGUCAACUGCAUUGGAAGAAUUCAUGCUUUCUUGGAGUGUACAGGAGCAAUUAAUUUUGGAUGUGAACAAGCUUGUUACAAUCAGGCAUCUAAACGACCAAGAAAAAGAAGAAUUAGAAAUGAAUAUGGGCAGUGGGUUGAUGAAAAAGAAUUACAGGGCAAAACUAUACAGCAUCAAGAUAAAGUUACUACCAAGGAAAGCCCUGGAAAGGUUUCAAGGUCACCUAAGGUCCAAAGUCUGGACCCUUUCAAACUUAUACCUUGUCAGAACUUUUCUCAGGAGAGACCUGCCCCAUUCUACGUAGAAAUACACAAUACAGCUCUGGUGAUAAUGGAUAUUCAUGCUCAUAUAUCAAAGACAGAGGUCAUAGGAAUGUUAGGAGGUUGUUACCACGACGAUGACCAGCAUUUAGAGAUUACCAUGGCGAUUCCUUGUAACAGUAUCAGUACUGGUCUCCAGUGUGAAAUGGAUCCAGUGUCUCAGACGUUUGCCUGUGAGGAGAUCAGUAACAACAGGAUGAAUGUCAUUGGCUGGUACCACUCCCAUCCGACCUUUAACCCCAACCCCUCAAUACGGGACAUCGAGACUCAGCUCAAAUUUCAGGAGUACUUUGCCCAGGAUGGUUUUUCCUUCCUCGGUGUUAUAGUCAGUCCGUACAACAGAACCUGUAUGGGGCUGUGUUCAGAGUUCCAGUGCCUGACAAUCAGUUCAGAGGUCAGCCCACUGGACAAGUGCA